AUGUUGAACCCCAAAGUCGAGGACAUCGCAAGCCUAGUAGACCUCACCGCGAACGGCGACAACCGCCCAAGGGUGUCGCGCAAGAAGGAGGAGCCGGAACCUCUCGACGACGCGUUGUUCAGGUCCCGGAUCAAAGGACGCUCGUGUGAGCUCAUAGACUUUGUUCUUAUCCCGACGUACGAGGACUCGGUGAGGCCCCGAGCGUCCCGGGCCGCUGAAGAGCGGGUUCGAAAUGCUUCGUCCACGGAUUCAAAAGAGGGCGCAGUCCCAGGUGUGGGCGUGAAGGCGGAGCCCAUCGACGACUCGCGUCUCCUGCCGGAGGUCGGACCGGCAGACUCGCACCGGAAUCUGUCUGAAGAGGAGUUGCGGGAAGUAGCCCAGCGACUCAAGAAUCCAACUGUCAAAAUCAAGAAGGACAGCCAAUUCAGCUGGAAAGUCGUCACGGAUCGAAUGAAGGUUGUUGGGCUGGGUCGGCACCCAAUAGACCUGGAUGAAGUGACGCUCAACUUCAAGUUCAAUCGACACUACCUGCACAACCUCUACGGGGGCAGUUUUGUGGCUACCUUUCCUCGGCCGGACCCCAAGAAGAGACUGGUACACAAAGUCGAUGACUUCAUGUGUGUGGUGUUAGACCUCAACCCACAUGCGCCUAUCAAUCCUGGUGACCCUGGGCUGUUCUUUUCUGAUGCACCAGCGGAUGACCUGGGCAGCUUCACCCGUACUUCUUAUCGUGUCUGUGUGAGGGUACAGGAGAAGCCUGCACUCUGGCGCUAUAUGGGGCAGUAUCGGAUGAUUGUCUCAGAGUCACUGACAACUGACGAGUUUGCAAUGCAGCCAGUUGCUGUGCAGAAGACGUGGGGUCAAGACAUCCUUCUGAAGACUUGGGGCUACGAAGUUGCUGCUCGAGUCUGGUACCGAAAGAGGCAUCAACAGGAGCCUCCUGAGGAUGAGAUCUCCACACUUCUUGAGAGCAAAUCUCAUAUGGCCACAAUCUGCAAUGAGCUCUCCUGGGAGGACAUUAUUACAGCAUUCAAGAUCGGAAAAGAGGUUAUGGGCAUAUAUGUAAUGAAAUGUGUCGGCUAUGACAUCGAGUUCCAGCAGAUCCUUGCAAGGAACUACAAGCAUUUCACGCCACCAAAAUCAAAGCAAAAGCCGCGGGGUGACACGAAGGCGGCUCUGAAGCGCAAACACAGGUCUCCCGAUUCAGUGACACCGGAGCCAUCCGAGGACGACAAUAUUGACGACGCGGAUGGCAAUGACGACACUACGGUUGUAGUAAACUUGGUGGAUGUGGGGGAUCAGUUGGAUGUUGAGCCUGAGGUGCUGUGUGUCGCACCGAAAGGAACGCGCUCGCGUGCACCGGCGAAGCGGUUGAAGAUCGAGUAG